AUGUCAGAUUCCACUCUCGUCAAAGGCGCGCAUAUUGCCGCUACUAUAAUUGCAGCCGCUGCAUCCGGCGGCAUCAUUGGAAUUUCAGUAUUUACCAUCCCUGCCAUCACCCUCCCCUCUCGCUAUGCCACCAAAGGUCGCACUCGCGAAGUAACACCCGGGUCCGCAGUGUCCCAUAUGGCGCAUCAGUGGAAGGCCACAUACGACGCUGGCAAGAUUAUCUUCCCUUCCAUGGCCGCAGCUUCGGGUCUGCUCUACUCAUAUGUCGCAUAUGCUGUUCGCGACGACCCGCAUGGAGGACUCCGCAUGAGCAACCUGUACUUUACUGCUGCGAGUCUAGUUGUGAUGAUUGCGCCUAUCACGGGUGUUCUAAUUCUCCCUGUCAACGAAAAGAUCGAGCCGUAUGUGACACGAGACGACAAACUCGUCGUUGAUGAGGAAGGCGGCAAAGAAGAGAAGAAGAAGUUGAUUGCUUUGAGCAGUGAGGAGCAGUUACACCGUGACCAGCAGGACAGCGAGUUUCCGGGUUUGCUCAGAAAGUGGGCUCAGCUUAAUGCGUUUAGGGGUCUUUUUCCAGCCAUAGGUGCUGCUUUGGGUGCUACAGUUGGGUUUGGUUUGAUCUGA